GCUGAUUGGCCGCCGCCCCGCCUGUGUUCUUGCUCUCUCGACGGCCCUUCCUAUCUGUUUGUUUAGUCCCUGUUCCUUUCUCCCGUCCGCUGCGUGCCCGGCCCCAGCCCGCUCGCACUGCUGUCUCCCGCUGCCCCGCCGAGCCUCGGCUCUGUGGUGCCGGGCUGGCUCCCAAGAUGGCGUCCAUCAUGGAGGGGCCGCUGAGCAAAUGGACCAACGUGAUGAAGGGCUGGCAGUACCGCUGGUUCGUGCUGGACUAUAACGCGGGGCUGCUCUCCUACUACACGUCAAAGGACAAAAUGAUGAGAGGAUCACGAAGAGGGUGUGUUCGACUGAGAGGAGCUGUGAUUGGUAUAGACGAUGAGGACGACAGUACCUUCACAAUAACGGUUGAUCAGAAAACCUUCCAUUUCCAGGCUCGAGAUGCUGAUGAGAGAGAGAAGUGGAUUCAUGCUUUAGAGGAAACAAUUCUCCGUCAUACUCUUCAGCUUCAGGGUGUGGAUUCAGGAUUUGUUCCCAGUGUUCAGGAUUUUGAUAAGAAACUUACAGAGGCUGAUGCUUAUUUGCAGAUCUUGAUAGACCAAUUGAAGCUAUUUGAUGAGAAGCUUCAGCACUGCAUAGAUGAUGAACAGAGAAAAGCAAGUACACUUUAUCUUAUAUAGAUAUUGAGGCCUUUCUUUCUGACAU